AUGUCCCAGGCCCUCAGCGACUUCGCCGAGUACGUCGAAAAGCAGCAGGCGCUCCGGUACCCGAGCUCCAAGCCGGCCGACACCACAAGAGUGACCGUCAUCCCCGAGCACCAGCAUGCCGAACUCGACGAGCUCUUCGACAACCUCGACCUGGCCGAGGUCACCCCCAACGUACGGUUGAAGGACCUGCUGCUGGCGACCGACGACGACGCGCUUCGGGAUCUGGAGAGGGUGGUCCAGGAGAGGAUACUCGAAGGCCACGGGGAGACCGUCUUCGAACUCGGCUUCGAGAACAGCGGCGAAUCCAUGGGGCUGUCCCUCGACCAGUGGAAUGCAGCCCAUACAAGACUGAAGGAUGCGGCCAAGAGGAUACGGGCCGACUGCCACACGCUCAUCACGAAAAACGUCGGCGGCGAUGUCGAGGCCCCGAGCGCCAAGACCGGCAAGGACAGCCACUGCAGCGGCAAGAUCAUGAUCCGCCAGGCCCCGGCAACAGUGGAGGAUGUAAUUGAAACGCGGAUAGCUGUAGUAGGCAACGUUGACGCAGGCAAGAGCUCCCUUCUGGGUGUUCUGGUCAAGGGCGACCUCGACGACGGCAGAGGACGAGCACGGGUGAACCUCUUCCGACACAAGCAUGAGAUCGAGACGGGCAGGACCAGCUCUGUGGGCAUGGAGAUUCUGGGUUUCGACACGGUCGGAGAAGUGGUCACUUCUGAGACCCCCGGACGGAAACUCUCGUGGGAGGAAAUUGGAAAGCGCAGCGCCAAAGUCAUCACGUUCACCGACCUGGCAGGCCACGAAAAGUACCUGCGGACGACCGUGUUCGGGCUGCUCUCCAGCAGCCCGAACUACUGCCUGCUGAUGGUGGCGGCGAACAAUGGGCUGAUCGGCAUGAGCAAGGAGCACCUGGGCAUCGCGCUGGCGCUCAACGUGCCCGUCAUGGUGGUCAUCACAAAGAUUGACAUUUGCCCGCCGCAGAUCCUCGACCAGACGGUCAACCAGAUAACAAAGAUCCUCAAGAGUCCCGGGGCGCGCAAGAUCCCCAUCUUCAUCAAGGACCGCGAGGAGUGCAUCAACACGGCAACGCAGUUCAUCAGCCAGAGGAUAUGCCCCGUGUUCCAGGUGUCCAACGUGACGGGCGAGAACCUCGACCUGGUCCGCACGUUCCUCAACAUCCUGCCGCACCACGGCCGCUACGACUCGGACGCUCCCUUCGAGUUCCACGUUAACGACACGUUCUCGGUGCCGUUCGUCGGCACGGUGGUCUCGGGCAUCGUCAAAUCGGGCGUCAUCCACGCGGGGGACAACGUACUCGUCGGGCCCGACUCGUUGGGGCAGUUCACGGCCACCAGCAUCCGCUCGAUCGAGCGCAAGCGGCUCGGCGUGCCGGCCGCGUCGGCGGGGCAGUCCGCAUCGUUCGCGCUCAAGAAGGUCCGUCGCAAGGACGUCAGAAAGGGCAUGGUGGUUCUGCCCAAGAUCGAGGGGCAGCCGGCGCCCAAGGUGCACAGAGAGUUCAUUGCGGAAGUCCUGAUCCUGUCCCAUGCCACCACCAUCAAGACCAAGUACCAGGCCAUGCUGCACGUCGGGCCAGUCUCACAGACGUGCGCCAUCAUCGACGUCGACCGGCCGUACAUCCGGACGGGCGAUAGGGCGACGGUGGCGUUCCGGUUCGUCCAGCGGCCCGAAUACCUCGCGCCGGGCGACCGGUUGCUAUUCCGGGAAGGCAGGACCAAGGGGCUAGGGAUCGUCAAGUCGGUCGGCUACGACCCCGACAAGCCGCUGUACCCGCACGGCGACACCGCGGCGACGGCCGAGGGCGCGGGCCAGGGCGAGGAGGAGUAG